CCUCCUCUAAGAAUCGCAUAUAAUCUCCCUUUAACAAAAUUAAUUAUCACUAAUCUCCAGAAUAAUUAAUCUAUCCAUAUUCCAUCACACAAAUGUUGCAUCUGACGCAAGCCGCCAAAAAUAAGAACCAAAAUGGCUGUAUCGUAAUUAUCUUGGGUAACUGAGGGCAUUGUGUUACUGUCUUUAGUAUAUAAACACCGCCCCUCAAAAAAAUCUCAAAUCCAUCAGCAUCAAUCCUUUCUCUCCAUUUUCUUACACUUUCUCUUCGAACACGCAACUCGGAAAAAAAUGGCUGGAGGUAUCGGAAAAUGCAGCAAGAUCCGGCACAUUGUGAAGCUGAGACAGAUGCUCCGGCAAUGGCGGAGCAAGGCGCGAAGUUCCUCUGUCAGACGCUGUGUGCCGUCGGAUGUGCCGUCAGGAUACGUGGCAGUCCACGUUGGAAGCAGUUGCAGGAGAUUCGUGGUGUGUGCUACGCAUCUGAACCACCCCAUCAUCAGAAGCCUCUUGGCCAAAGCCGAGGAGGAGUUCGGGUUUGCGAACCACGGUCCAUUGGUUAUCCCAUGUGACGAAUCGGUUUUUGAGGAAUCGAUUCGGUUAAUAACCCGGUCGUGUUGGUUUACUUGUACCGACAGUUUAAAGAAGAACCGCCGCGGUGGCACUAGGAGCAAGCUGGAUCGUUUGAUUGAAUCUCGGCCGUUGCUUUUCACCGAGAAGACUAUUAUCUGGUGAUCCACCUGAUCCCAUUUGUAUCGGGUCCAUGGUGGGGGAUACGCAGGAGAUGGCCGUGAAAGGUGUCGUCCCGGGUUCAAAUACGAGUUCAUGAGAAAAUACUCAAAAUAGUGGUCAUUAUUGGGGAUUGGCUGUAAAACAGAUUGAUCAAUUUCUAUUACAUUUAUUUAUUCAUUUGUUACUUAAUUUUGGUAUUUUGCUCUAAAAUAUAUUCAGCAAUACCCAUUAUGUUUAUCUACUCAUUCUUUCAUUUUAAAAAUAUUUUUCAAACCUUUCGAAAUGGUUAUUGUUGUCUAACAACGAACGUAUAGACUGCAGAACCUUGUA